UUCAAGCUAUUUGAGUCUUAUAUUUUAAUAUUAAUUGCAUUAUUAAUGCUAGUGACAAUGGCUACGUUCGCAUUUAAUGAGUUAAGAGAAAUUGAAAGCGCAGAUUCCCCAUCAGUCCUUAGAGUGUUAAUAAACUCCAUACGAAGUGACAAAAGAAGUGAAGAUAUCAAUAACAGAAAUAUGACUGCACCAGAAAAGGCUGAGAGUAAAAUUUUGUUAAUAAAUUUGGAACAACAAAAUGAUACAAACAAUUUGUUAAAUACAAUAUUUAAUAACGAAAAUUUGGUAGGAACACAACGAAAAGUGCGGGACGUUAAUAAUAAUGCAAAUCUUAACACAAAACCAGAUACUGUAGAAACUGCAACAAGGAAAACUUUAAACACAUAUGAAGAACAACAGCCUGUCGUGGUUCAUGCCGAGAGUUAUGCUCCUAUACUUGGUUAUAGACAGCCAACGUACGGUCCACCGCGUUCACAGGAAACAAGUGACGAAGAAUCACGUUAUCGUAGUGCUGCAAAUGAUGAAGAAAACGAUGACGAUAAUACAGACUAUAGAUCCGAAAUAGGAGAGCGAGAAUAUUUUGAACGUGAACAUGAAAAUGAACAAUCGUACUUUGACUCACAUGAAAAUUUCAACGAAUCAACUGAUUCAGAAGAAGAUCGUAAUAGAGCAACUUAUGAAAGAGCAGAAGAAAGUAACAAUGAUGAAGGUCGUUCUUCACAUAAUCCUGAGUAUGACAGUUAUUAUCGUAAUUGGUAUUAUGCCACACCUGCAACUCCAAAAGCUGAUAUUGAAACAGCUAAUAUUGGUAAUAAACGCAAAUUGCAGCAAUUGCAACCAAUGGACAUAAAUACGCAACCAGAUCCGGUAUAUGACUAUGAUUACCCACAAUCAUCAGCUGCACAUGCAAAUAUGCCUCAGUAUCAUACAAAGGACACUCGAUUGCAACAACAACAAUUACAAGAAAAGAAAACAGGAUUACAACAACAACGUAGACCCAUACAAAAUGAAAACAGUGAACCAACAAUUGUAACUGUAGUUAAAAGUUUAAAAACAAUGUGGGAUAUUUAUCAGGCAUUCUCAUCUGCUUGGAAUACAUUAGCUGAACAUCGACAGAAGCAACAGGAGAUUUUGGAACAAAAGCAGAUUGAACAUCGGAAACAAAUACGCAUCAAUUCAAAGAAGCCACCAAAGUUCGACUCCAACAAGAACGAACAAUCCUCACAGAAAAAUGGUACCACAGAAAAUCCUAAAACGACUAAAGCAACAAAAACUACAAAAACAACAAAACUUCCAACAACUCCGUCGACAACAGUUUCUAAAGCAGACGAGGAUACUGCAAAAGUUGAGCCACGCAAAGGCUCGAAAGGUGAUAAGGCGAAUAAAAAGGAAACUGAGGGUUUGCGUGAAAAACGUCAAUCAAUGAGCGAUUCAACUGCAGUGGCAGAUGUUGGGGAAGGUCGUUAUAUAAAAGGUGAUCCGUUAAAAGGUUAUUAUGACUAUGUCAUUACAGAAGGCAGUUACAAGUUUUGGGCCGUUUUCCAAGUCGGUACGGCACUUCUUAUCAUUUAUUCGACUUUCGCAGCAAUUUAUUAUUCCAAAGUGAAUCCACUAGUAUCGGAUUAUGAUUAUACUGAUUACCUGGGUGGUGGACGUUCACUUAGUGGUGGAGAUCUUGACUUUGUUGAUGAUGAAGAUAAUACUAAAUCAAAGGCUUCAUCGAGCUGGCUACAGUGGUUACCCCGUACGGGACAUUCACUGAAAUUUAUACUUGAUGCCAUUGAUAAGAUACCUGUGGACCAUGACCAUGCUACGGAGAAAAGUUUUGCCGGGAAAACUGAAUAAAAUUUAACUGAACUCAAAUGUUUGCAUGUGAACAAUUUUCAUUUAUAAUUGUUUAAAUAACUGUAAAUAUGAAAAUUGGUUUCCAAAGACAUAUCAAUUAACUUUAGCCUUUUUAUUAUUUAAUUCGAAUAUGGGUUCGUUUGAAAACUGAAUGG